AAGAGUAUGUUGAUUAAUGAUCUACCUAAUGAUUGUUUUCUAUUGAUUUUCAAUUGGAUAUUUGAUGUACAAGAUUUACUCAGAUGUUACCAAGUUGAUAGUAAAUGGCGUCAAUUGAUAAUCUAUCGUUUAAAACGAGUAAGAUACUUACAAUUAGGUGAAACCUUAAUCCAUUCAAUUGAUGAUGAAACAAUAAACUACAAUUGUCACAGUGAUAAUUAUCGUAUUGAUAAAGAUAAUCUUUCACUUUCUGGUCUAUUACCUAAUCUUAAAAUAGUUGAUGUUUCGAAUUCAAUAACUGGAUGUAUUCUUGAUACUCUUAACUAUCGAAGAUUAUUGGAUAUGGUUAAAGAAAAUGUUCGAGGUUUAAUCUUUCCAAUGCAAUUCGAUAAUACAAUGGAUAACAUGUUAGAACAAUGUAAAAAUAUCGAAAUGAUUGCAGCCCAUUGUUUAGGUUGGCGAUCGAGGAAAAUAAUGAUUGGCCGAAAGAUCAAACAGUUAUACCUCAACUACGAUUCUUUAUCCUAUUUCGAGAAUCGGAUUAGAUAUUUUCCAAAUCUAAUUCGAUUGCAUGUCUAUUAUCAUUCGGAUAGAUUAAGAUUAAAGCCCAAUAAUCCAUUGUUACGUAAACUUGAGAUUAUCGAGUUAGCAGCGAUAAAAACUUUCUCCGAUUCAUCGGCUUACCAUGGAUUCCGUUUUAUGGACUUAUGUCCAGCAUUGAAAAGUGCCUACCAUUCAUUUGACUGUACUAGAGGGAUUAUCGACGUUACUGAGAUUAAUUUUAAUCUUCAAGAUUUAGUUAUCUAUUAUAAAUUUGAUAGUGGUCAAUCAUGGGAAUCGUUGGAAAAAUUAUUAUCAAAUUAUCCAAACUUGAAGCAUCUCGCCUUGAGAAAAAAUAACUUAAUCCAUGAUGAACAUAUAAUCAAGGUGAUCACCUUGUUACCGAGAUUAGUUUUACUUGAUGUUAGAGGGUCAAGGUGGAUAACUCAAAGUUCAGCUGAAAAUUUGAGACAAUUUUGUUCAAGAACAAAUCGAUCAGUUUAUUUUUACCACGAGCCAGGACAUGCGAAAAUUCAAAUCGAUUGGUCAAACUUAUCGAUUAGACAUGAAAAUAUUUCCAAAGGAUUUGAUUUUAUGAGUAACUGUUUUCUUAAAUCUUUUUCACAACUUCCAAGGCUUAUGGAUAAUCUUGAUUAAUCAAUAAAUCAUUUAAAUUGUAAUCCAAUUCUAAUAUUAAUUGUCAUUAAGAGAGAGAGAGA